UUUUCUCUUCCUUCAUCUUUUCUUCUCUGAAUUUCGAGUUAAUUGCAGAGAGAAGAAAAAAAAAAAAGAAACCAACUUGGAGCUUUUAUCAUCUCUCUCUUCUCUUUCUUUUUCCUUCUUUGACCACCACACAAAAGCAGCCUUAACACGCUCCAACACCAAGACCAAACAAGAAUCCAAAAUAGUCGGACAUAAAUUUUUAAGGAAUCAAAACCAUGUAUGCAUGUCUCUGAAAAACACAAAGCACCCACCAACAGCAAUCUCCUCGUCAACUUUGCUCCCACGACAAGGGCUGCUAGUUGAACUUUUCAUUUGAUGAUUGAUUGGGGCUUAGAUUGAUUGUAGAAGCCUUAUCAUAGUUUUGACAUAUCCUUGUAUCUGGGGGAACAUGGCUGGCGGAUUGACUCCUGAAGUUCGACUAGUUAGAUGUCCUAAAUGUCGAAACGUUCUUCCUGAACUCCCAGAUGUUCCCGUAUAUAAGUGUGGUGGAUGUGAAACGAUUUUGAUAGCAAAGAACCGAAAGUUUGAUACCAAAAGCUUGUCUAGCUUAUGUAAAAAAGAUGCAGCUAAGACAGAUGACAAAUCAGAAUGUAAAGAACCUAGUCCAAUAUGUAAUGAUUCACUUCUUCCUUCCUCUGAAGAAUGUUCAUUGGAGCAAAAUAAUGAGAGGGGUAACAUUGAAUUUGUAGAUCAGAAUAGCAAACAGCUUGAUGCUGUGAAUGUGGUAAAUGAAGAUGAAGACAAUGGAAGUCAACAGUAUAAAUCCGAGAACUGCAAUAUUGAACAGUAUGGGGUCUCCAGUGAAGCAUGUUCAUCAGUUGACGAUGUUCAUGAAAAUGAAGAGAUUUCACCAGUAGCAUCAGAAAAUUCAAAGGUGGAGGCAAAUGAUGCGCCGGUGGAAUUAGCAAGAGCAGAAUCAGAAAUAGAUGUAAAGGGUGAGAGUCAGACCAACUAUGUGGAUCCACUGGCUACAAGAGGAGGUGAUUUGUCUGUUCCUGAUCAUAUGCCGGCAUCAGAAAGCAUUUCAAGAGAUAUUGUUGAAUCUUGUUUUAAACGAAAAUCAGAGGAACCUCUGGAAAGUGAUCGCCAUACUUUUGAUCGUGUAAUGUCUACGGAUACAUUUGCAACUAGCGAUUUUUACAGCCCAAGCUCUGAAUUCAGUGGCACGCUUGAUUAUUUCUCCAAGUCAGCAACCAUCAAAAGCUCUUGUGCUUAUUAUGAUGGCAGUGUUUCUUCUUAUGACAGAAGGGAUGAUCAAUUCUCUGGCCAAGAUAUUAAGUUCGUUGAACAUAAUAGUAAAUAUACAGGACUAAUUCUUCCUCAGGUCCAUAAUAAUAUGCUAGAUGAGGACAAAUUUCUGGCGAAUAGCGUGAUGAGUAGCAAGUCUGGAAUGCAAAAGAAGGCUGCUGUUGACAAGCAUUAUGCCAUCGGAGGCAACAAAUGGGAUGAAGAUGAAUUUCUGGAACCCAGCAGACUUGGCCAUCCAGUUAGAAACUGGACAAGACUAGCCAGAGAGGAAUAUCAUUCUCAACGGCCUUUAUAUCCGACUGGAUAUGAAAGCUGUAGUCCUUCCACUCAAAUGGGCAAUUCAAGCGCCCAUUCACUUGAAACAGCAGAGCAGGAGCAGAUGAAACUUCUAAGAAUGAUUUAUGAGCUGCAGGAGCAACUUCAUAGAACAAAUCUUCUGAGUGUUAAGGCUUCUGCUGAAGUUAAUUGGAAACAAAAAAGUGUUCCUAUAUGCUAUGAUGGUGAGGCAUUGGACCAAAGUUAUCAUGACUUCAACUAUGCUAGGCGUUCUGGAACUUUUGGGCCAGAAAGCAGGUAUUUCCAGCAGACCAAAUUCUUUUCAGGAGGGGCAACACCCAGUGGAAACCAAACUGAUAACUCAUGCUUCUGUUGCCAUUCCCGAGAUUGGCAAUGUUCAAGGCAGUUGCCCGUUCCUGCUCUUCAAUACAAUAGACGAUUUUCUAGGUUCCACCCUGCUCAUAUUCAUUACGCCUCUGACCCAUCAAGUCCACAAAGGUACAAGGAUUCUGAGUUUUUUAUGCAGCAUAGUGAGAUACAGUCUGAUGACCAGAGACAUAGAGGUGAGAUGAAGAUGCAUUUAAGGGAGAGACAUCUUGUAGUUAAACGCCACAUUCGUCCUACAGCUGGAGGAGCACCUUUUGUUACUUGUUAUCAUUGCUUCAAAGCACUACAGCUUCCUGAAGACUUCCUCAUCUUCAAAAAAAGUUGCCAUCGGCUAAGAUGUGGCGCUUGCUCUAAGGUACUUAAGUUCUCGCUUGAAAAUGGAACUCAUAUAGUUCAACCCACACCAGGCCAUGUAGACCCUCCUCCAAGGCAUGGCAAGGACAAUGUUGAUAUUAAAAGUAGGUCUUUCGCAUCAACAUUCAAUGGAUAUGAUGAUUUAGGUGCCGAUUCUGUGUCCUGUUCUGACAAUUUUGGACCAUAUCACAACUCCCAGAACAACACAGCUUUUAGGAAAAUGUCCUAUGAUUCCUCAGAGGAGAGAAGAAAAGUAUUGCUUAAGCAGUGUUCGGGAAAACAAAAGAAUUCAAGCAAAAUGCUUGACCUUGAAUCAGUUGUGUAUUCCUCGAGUAUGCCCAAAUCAGAAAAUGUAUCCUCUGGAUUUAGAGAGCUGCACCCAGCAAGAGGGUCACUGCUCCACCAACUCAUGGGUUAUUCUUCACCAAGCCAAGUGCUUAGAGGGUCCAAUUCACUUGCUUCAGGGACAAGCUUGGACCAUUCAGAAGAUCUGAGCUUGAAGAAUUGAGCUGUGUUUCUCAAAACAGAUGGAAUGUGGCAUGCAGUCAUGCAUAUAAAGAAAGUCGUGAUUCAUUUGCAAAGGGCGAGAGGGAUACUUAUGAGUUUCAACAGCAAGCAGAGCUUGAAUUAAAUGCCAACUCUCAGAAAUAUAUAGGUGGUGUUUAGUGUCUGUCAAAACCAUUUCAUUGUUAAAUAAAUAUGGGGGAGGGUUCUGACGGCUAUGACAUUGCACCGGAUGGCAUACUAGAACAGGAAACAAGCAUUUACUUUUGGCAUGUAUAGAUAUUCACCGAGAAGCUUUCUUUUUUCCUUCUUUGGUUAAUUCAUAUUGCUCGUAACAAA